AUGAACGGGACGCUCAACGGCGGCCUGAACGGGGCCAACGGCCACGAGGCCAACGGCGCCGCGGCGGCGAGCCCGGGCUUCGCGUCGCCGCCGCGGCGGAAGCGGCGCCGCUUCGGCGGCGCGGCCGCCGCGCGCGACGCGGUGGGCCUCGUGAACCUGGGGAACACGUGCUACAUGAACUCGGUGCUCCAGGCGCUGGUCCACGUGCCCCCGCUGCGCGACUUCUUCGUCGCGGCGGCCGACGACGGCGGCGCGCGGCGGCGCGGCGAGUCGUUCGACUCGCAGGCGUCACGCGCGUCGUACGAGGGCGGCGCCGCGCGCGUCUCCACCGGCCCCGCGCCGCCGCCGGCCGAGCCCCGCGCCGACGUUGAAUCACCCUUUUCCUCCUCCGCAGGCUACUCGCAGCACGACGCGCACGAGUUCCUCGCGGCGCUCCUCGACGGCCUGCACGAGGACCUGAACCUGCCCCGCGAGCGCACGCGCGCGCGCGCCAAGGCGCGCCAGCGCCGCGAGGAGCGGCGCGCGCGGCGCGACGCGCGCGACGCGGCGGCCGCGGCCGCGGCGGCGAUGCGGGACGAGGCGCUCCGCGACGCGGCCGCGCGGCGCGCGGCCGACGGCGACGCCGACGCCGACGACCUGCUCGGGGGCCGCUUCGUCUCGGAGCUCCGGUGCCCGCGGUGCGACCACAGCAGCACGACGCACGAGUCCUUCGUGUGCGUGUCGCUGCCCCUGCGGCGGUCCGCGGGCGCGCCGCCGCCGCGGCGCAUGGCCACGCUGACCCUGGACCGGCUCCUCAAGCUCUUCAGCGGCCGCGAGCGCCUCGACGCCGACGACGCGUGGGCGUGCCCGACGUGCGAGGCGCGCGUCCGCGCGGUGAAGCAGCUGCGCCUCGCCGCGUCGCCGCCCGUGCUCGUCGUCCACCUCAAGCGCUUCGAGAUGCUCGGCUACCACUCCGCCAAGCUCGAGACCUGCGUCGCCGUCCACGCGACGGCGCCCGUCGACGUCGGCCGCUUCAUCGACGGCGACGGCGACGGCGCGACCUACUACCUCUGCGCCGUCGUCAACCACUACGGCACCAUCGAGUUCGGCCACUACACGGCCUACGCCCGGUCGCGCGACGACGCGCGGUGGCGCCUCUUCAACGACAGCUCCGUCUCCGUCGUCGAGGACGACGAGGUCUCCGCGCCGUCGCGCGCGGCCUACAUCCUCUUCUUCCUCCGCGAGGACAUCGCGCCACCGGACUGGGUCCGGCGCGCGAAGGACGGCGCCGCGCGCGAGGCGCCGCCGCCCGCGACCAUCCACGAGUGAGCGCGCGCCCCCAGACACCACCCCCCGAGUAGCUCCCCUCGACUGUG